UCUCGCUUAUCUACCUCUUUUAGCUUUCUGUCCAGCUUAUUGUUAGCUUCAAUUUAUAGCGCCAUCGUUGAACUCGAUUCGCUUCUCAUUUUGCGUGGUGGUUGUGGAAUAAAAUUUUCAAAUUUCACUGAUUUCCAAUAAACAAAAGUUGUCAGAACAAUUUUAGAACUUAUCGGCACUCAAUUCGUGACACAAAAUCUUACAUUUGGAAAAAACUAAAUAUAAAAAAAAGCACUAAUUUUGAACUAACAAAUGUCAAAAUCUUCAAAAACCUCUAUUAGAAGCUACGGAAAACAAGGAACAAGAAAGAAAGUCAAGAAUUGUGAGAGCUUGUGGAAACCGUUCGGGUUCUGUUGCAAUAUUAACAACAGCGAUAAUGAGACACGUUAUGAUCAGCGCAGACCACCUUUUACAUCUUCCCUGGUGGCCCUAUCGCCAAUUCAUGGAUCGCCUACGCUUAAUUUCCACUAUCAAUAUACCGAACCUGCUGCUCAUAUCAAACGCAAAGUGUCAAAAGGGAAAUCGAAAUCGAAAGAUUGGAAUUUGGAGGGCAAUCCAUGCGUGCUAACUGGUGGACCAUUAUUAUGGUAUCAAGAGGACGAAAUUGAGAUAGCUAAAAAUCAGUUUUGGGAGGAGAAACAAAUGCUUUACAACAAGGAAGCUGACAGAAAUGCACUCAUUGGAGAAAAAAAAGUCAAGACAAAGUUUGAUGAGGUGACAGACACAGCUGCUCCACGGUGGUACCAAGAUCUUUCAAUUCUCCAGAUGAAACAAGUCCUAGCACUCGGAGAGACAAUGACUGCCGACUAUGAAGAAACUAUUACUGUUCGAACACAAAAUGCUCUUGCCACAAUCGGCGUGACGUCUACGUUAUUCAAAAUUGCUCCACAAAUUAUUAAAAAGCUACAGCGAAGUACCAGACUCGAGCCUAUUCAAUUUCUGCGCGAGAUUUACAAAAAAGUGACUGGACAAUAUUUUGAAGACGAAGAAUACAAGAAGACCUAUGACUGUAACGAGAGAAUUAUUUUGUCGGCAAUUGCAUUCCUGGCACUGCCUAAUACGGUGAUUGCAUUGAACAAAAGGUUACCAUGGAUCAAAAAACCGGUGUUUCCUUCCAAACCCGAUCCCCCACAGACUUCGACAAUUCGUCGUGGACUCUACAAAUCGCCCUAUCAGGAGCCGCUUUUCGGAAUACCCGAUUGGGUGACGUACAGAAAAAGUCUGGAUAAAUGGUACGAAAAAUGCAAGCUCGUACCAAGGCCCAGAGUAAUUCUUCCGCAACUGAAGACAAAACAAUCAAAUAACAAAGUGAAUUUCGAAGAAAUGAAUUCCAGCGACCUCGGCCAGAGUCUCACACCCGACAAGAAUAAUUGGCACGAUUCAAGAACAGAGAAACAAUCAGAAACAAAUCUGCAAGAGAAUGAAAAAAGUUCAGGAGUUUCCGGUGCAUUGGUUAAUUUCUCUGUUCCGAGUCUACCAGGUGGAGAUAAACAAACUUUUGACUUCACCUUCUCCGGACUCGGGGAAAGUCCUGGCCCUGUCAAUUAUAAAAUCUGUGGCACCCUGAAUCCACCUUUUCCAAAAAGAAAAUCAUGGCUCGGAGAAAAGGAGGCCCACUAUGUCGUGUCAGGAAUAUGGGAGCACGAGGAUCCUCCACAAUGUCCGGUGACCUACGUGAUGACCGGGAUCUCUUCCGUAACUCCUGACAACAGCGACGAACAAUUUUUUGCAGAAUUAAAGCUGGGCGAUGGUCCCCAGCGAGUGUAUCCAGCAGGUAGAAAAAAUUUGUCAAAAAAUUGGCAAGAGUGGCUACAGGAUGCGGAUGAAGAAUUCUUAAAAGUUGAGCGCGAGGCCAACAAACUUAUAAAGAGUGUCAAAGCUACGAUGAAACUUGUCAUACCUGAAAACCGAUGCGACGCUUGUUGUUCAUGCAGGCAAACAAGAAAGACUAAUCUGAAGGAGCAUGCGACUAAAUCUCCAUAUCUGGUCAUCGAUAGCAUCGCAGUGGGCGAUAAUCAGGAUAAAUACAUCGUCGGAUCCUUGGCUUUGCAUUCCCCGGCACCCAGCCCUGAGGAAUCGACGGUGAAUUUGCUGGAAGUGAUCGCAUCUAGGGAAACGCUUCAGAAGAAGCUUGUCAUAAACGGCAUCACCAACGACAAUGGAGAAACGACGUACUACAUUUCCGGUGUCAUCCAGGAGACGGAACGCAUUCCUAAAACAACCGUCUUCCACGAACGUCCUCCGAAACCACUACGCAACGUACCGCCCUGCGCUUGCACGAUCGAACAAAUGUUCAACGAAAAAAUAAUCCCCAGUGCGAGUGGCGACAACAUACCGCAGACCAAGAAAAAGGGGAUUUGUUUUGGACGAAAAUACAGGCCGAACGAAUCACCAGCUUUUACGUGCAAAGAAUAUCCGGAUGACAAAUCUUGCAGGAGGAAUCCGUUCGACAACAAACUGAAAAGAGGAAUUCCCCAGGAGACUGACGAUUCGAGUGACGGGCCACCAGGAGAAAAAAAAAUGUUCACGUUACCCGCGUUCAGCCCUUGCGGAGACGAAGAUGGCAUGGCGGUCUGCGGUGGACCAUGGGGAACCAAAAAUGUGACGGACCCAAAGGUUCUGGCCGCUCGGGAGGCCGAAGCCAAGGAAUUAAUUAGGAGUGCUGCAAUUGCGGCCUCGAAAGCGCGCAAGGCUGCUGCGAGAAAGGACGAGGACGAUGAAGACACCGAAGAAGAGGAAGACUCGGACGAUGAGAAGAGAAAGAAGUUGAGCCCGAGAGAGCUUGCAAAAAUAGCGAAAGAAGAAGCAGCUGCGAAGGAGAAGUUAAGAAGAAGUAAAUUGAAACGUGAUAAACUCUGUUCGGAAAGAUUUACCGACGAGACCGAUGUCAUUGAUGACGAUAAAACUCCAGCGAACAAAAGCCCACCCGUGUAUUGCGAUUUCGAUAAUCCGUGGAAUAGAAUGCGAACGGCGCCCACCGUAAAUCCGUGGGAAAAUGAAUACGAAUGUUCUUUGAAACUUACACAGCCGGUAUCGCCUUCUUCUGAGCAUGAAUCGGCUAAAAAAGGCACUCUCAAGAUCACAGAGGGCACCUUGAAACUGAAAAAAGGGAACGAUGGUGGAGAAGAUAAGAAAAAUCACGAUCUUCGUGAAAAACGAGAUAAAAACAGAAGCAACGAUGGAGAAAAUUAUAAAAAAGAAAAGGACAAAGUCGAAAUUAUUUAUGGCGGCAAGCAGGUGACUACUAGACCGCAAGAAUCACGCGAAGCGGAUUCCAAAAGAAAUCUGUCAUCGGGCUUGGACAGCAAGCCAAAAAAGGCCACGCAAGAAACCUCGAGGUCUCAUUUAUCUACAAAGAAUAAAACACUGAAAGUGAUCGAUAGAGAUUCUGGUAAAUCUCGGGCUGUCAAGGAAGACUUAGGGCGCAAGAGGAAAUCUUUGCCGGACGAAUCAGAACCAGGUAAACUGCGAAGUAAGAAGCCAAUGAUAAAAAAUGAUUGCGGAAACGGACGACACGAAGAUUGGGCAAAAAUAAAUAAAAGAUUGCAGCCCCAUAAGUUACCCAGGUCCAAAAGCAAUGCCAAGUCUGAAAAACUUAAGUCCGUACAGGCCACCCGGUCAUCGUCACCUACUCGCCAACCUCGGUCGCCAAACAAAAUUGAUGAAAAAUCGACAGAUUAUAUAGUCAGACCGGCAAUUAUUCCAACUGAGCAACGUCUACCUUGUCAGAGGGAAAAUAUGCACCUUAAUGAACAACUCGAUGAUUGUGAAUGUUCCCAUGAGAAAGACCAAGAAGGAAUCGAUGCGGUCACCGAUAGUAGCACAGGUCCAUUUGGGUGGCGGACUGAAUCGCAGCAAAAAAUGCCUCGAGAAAAAACCUUAGUCUACCUUACGGAACCGGACAAUCCUGUUGAAAUGAUAAAAGUGAGAAAAGGUGGACGGCCAUGUAUGUGCAGAGAAAAUAGAAAUAAAAAGAAAAUCCUACUGUAUAGCAUUGGAGGACAAGUUAGCGUUGGAAAAGGUAAAAGAGGAAUGAAUCAGGCUCAGCUUAUAGAAGGAGUAACUUAUGUGACACCCCCGCAAAGCCAGAGAAACAGCAGCGAAUAUAUCCCUGAAUACGAACUGUUCGAAUCUCCGUACAAAUCUUGUGUACGAAAACAGUCUGACAAGAAAUUAAAGUACUUGCAAAAACUUUCAACGCCCUGCGGUCUUCGAUCUCUACGUGAUCCAAAUACUGAACCUUGCCCAUGUGGACUGGAUGUCGAUGGAAAAAGUGAAAAAACACUUUUUGAAAGAAACGCUAUCGAUUCUAGCCUGAGCACCUCAGCCUCCAAAAGGAAGAGCUGGUCUGCAGCGAUCAAAGAUGAAGGAUUAAUCGACUACUUCGCUAAUCCUCAAGACUCCGUACCGUGUUGGUUAAAGUGUGCGAAAUUUGACAAACCUGGUUGCUGUAUAAAACCGAAGUUACUGCAGGUUAAAAAACCUGUCUGCGAAUGCAGGUACGAAAGAAGGGUCGUCAGAAGGGAAGAAGAGAAGCAGAAAUGGGUGGAUCGUCAGCGUCGUCUCAAAGAUGCUAAAAAAGAACCGUACCUGCAAGUUGAGGGGACGUCCAGACCGAUGCAGCGAGAUACAAAGCUGAUGAUUUCGUCGGUCAAAAAAGUCUUACGGGAUGGCGAGUUCAUCCCCGAAACACAAUACUGCGUAUCCGGAGUAGCUGAAAACUAUUGCAUGGGACCUGUUGAACGUAUUAUUCCGGGAAUCACUAUGCAGAGUCCUGUGAUUACACCGGAACCGAGCAAACCAGAUAUUUUAUGCAUGUGCGGACACAGACACUGGUCUCCGAUGGAUGUUAGAGCGGAUAAAACAAAGCCAGAAGACCAAUCGGUGCGACCAAAAGGCGACUAUCCCUGUAGAGGCAGAGAGCAGCAGGAAAUAACUGGGGCUAACAUUGCUAUGAAUUGUGAAAAAAGAAGUACAGACUCCGAUAACAAUCUACCUUCUUAUACCAAAAGUUGUGGGGAUAGUGGUGGAGCUUCUAUUCCAGGUAUCGUUGGAAAGAGAAAGUCUACUGGAAAAAAUAAGAGUGGAAGAAACUUGGAUGAAAGUCCAAAACAAGAUACAAAGAAGUUGACAUUUCAUAUGAAUAAAAAAUCUGCAACCGGUGCUAGAGAUGAGAAACUUAGCAAACGAGAGACAGAAAAUUUCAAGAGCACUGGAGUAAUGUCGAAAUAUGGAAAUGUCCAUGAUGACAUCGCGACGCAGGAUAUAUCGAGCCAUAAAGAUGAAACAAAUUUAUUUGAUCUGAUGAAGAUGGAACUCAAGAAAAUGGCUAACGAAGAUUUUAUCCUAGCAAAAUUGCCUGAAAGCUGGUCUAUGCCUCAGUUGAAAUCAUGGAUCGAAUACCGAGAAGGAAAAGUUUAUAAUUAUUCCAUGAAGGAAGAGUUGUGCGAACAUUCAAAGAAAACUUGGGCUAUGAUGGAACAGCGUAAGAAACCUAUAAUUCCACCACCCAGCUUAGGUCUGCGUCCAGCUAAAGUUGUUAAUAUGACUUUUGAUCAAGUAGAUGAAUUGAAAAAAAAGAUUCCUAUUGUCAAAGCGAAAUACUACAGUCAGUUGCGCAAAAUGCGUGUGUCCGAAGCUCGGUCUUAUUGGCAUACGAUGGAAUUUGGGAAAUUUCCAAGCCUAAGUUUCAAAGAAACAUAUUUCACAUACAUGCCUGGAAAAGAAGCUGACGGGCAUGUAUUUCGGCCAUGGAAAUUGGAUGACUCCAAAGAAAGAUAACUCUGAAAUCGUGUAAACUUGCACUCAAGCUCGCUCAAUCACCUGCGAACCGCUGCGAACAUUAUUGUCAUGAUUGUAUUGAUGGUUGUUCCGAGUAAAUUAAAUCAGCGUCAUAUUCACAGUGCCAAAAAAUUUGAAUGUAAACUGAUCUUGUAAUCGUAAGACAGAAUAAAUCAAUAACGAAUACAAAACCGAGUCUCAUAUUUUUACUCAUCUCCGAUCAUCGGCCGAUUGAUCCUUAACAUAACCUAUCUUAUUCAAAGAAUACAUGCGAGUUAUCGGGCUCUCCGGGUGCGGAGGAAAACAAAUUAAUUGCAGAGUUAUUGGAUACAACCGACAAUGUCGAAUUACGGGUUAACUAGGAAUAUUGUCAGCAUGACAAGUCGAUUGUUGUGGCGUUCCUCGUACCGAUCUGUAAACACGACUACCGAAGUUCCAAAUAAUGAAGAUACUGAUGAUCUCCCAAUCAAGAUGGACAACCCAUUUGCAAGAGAAACAAUUAAAUGCAUCUUAUGCACACAUAAUAUAGAACCAGAUUA